AGUUGGUUUGUUUAUAUCCACGCAUGCAAAGUGCUUCUUAUCUUGCUUGCAUCUUCUCUAACGUUACACUUUACAGUUUCUCAAGUACGCUAACACAAAAUUAUCCUCUGACAACUAAAUCUCUCUAUCUCUCUCUCGAUCAAUCUUCUUCUAUGGCUUCCCUUUUAUUCUUAACCAUAGUGCUUGUCUCCAUCUCUUGUUUCACACGUGCCGACCUCCCGGGCACGUGGGAGCUGCUUUUAGAAAACGCAGGUAUAGCCUCCAUGCACACGGCCGUGACACGGUUCAACACUGUGGUACUCCUGGACCGGACCAACAUCGGUCCAUCUCGCAAAAUGCUGCGAAAAGGCCACUGUCGUGUCGACCCGAAUAACCCGAAUAAACAUGACUGUUAUGCUCAUUCGGUGUUAUUCGAUCUUGUAACCCGCUCAACCCGACCCCUGAUGAUCCUGACUGACACUUGGUGCAGCUCGGGUCAGUUUCUGCCUGAUGGCACCCUGUUGCAAACAGGAGGUGAUCUUGAUGGUGUUAAAAAAUUUAGAAAAUUUAGUCCGUGUAAAUUUUCCGAAUUUUGUGACUGGCAAGAACUCGAAAAUGUCGAAUUGUCGCAUGGCAGGUGGUACGCGACAAAUCAAAUAUUACCCGACGGUACGAUUAUUAUCGUCGGGGGACGAUCGAGUAGUAGUGUCGAAUUUUACCCGCCCCGGGAGACCGGCGCCGUGCUUUUCCCGUUUUUAGCACAGGCCGGUGAUAAUCAGAUGGAUAAUUUGUACCCGUAUGUACAUUUGUUACCGAACGGGCAUUUAUUUAUUUUCGCAAAUAAUAAAGCGGUGUUGUAUGAUUUUGUGAUAAAUAAUGUUGUGAAAGAGUAUCCGGAUCUAGAAGGAGGCCCGAGGAAUUACCCAUCCGCAGGCUCGUCCGCGAUGCUGGCACUCUCGGGGGACUAUUCCGCGGCUACUGUGGUGGUCUGCGGUGGUGCGCCUUAUGGUGCGUUUAUCGACAGGAGUACUGACACGCCAGCUCAUGGGAGCUGCGGCAGAAUUGACCCGACCCGACCCGACCCGGUUUGGGAGAUGGAGGAUAUGCCAUUUGGUAGGAUCAUGGGGGAUAUGGUUAUGUUACCAACUGGUGAGGUUAUGAUUAUUAAUGGUGCUCAAGCGGGUACGCAAGGGUUCGAUUUGGCUUCGAAUCCGUGUUUGUACCCGGUUUUGUACAGGCCCGAUCAGCCGCUGGGGCUCCGGUUCAUGACUCUCAACCCGGGCACGGUUCCAAGAAUGUACCACUCUACCGCGAAUUUGUUACCCGAUGGGAGAAUUUUGCUAGCCGGGAGUAAUCCGCAUUAUAUUUACAAAUUUGGAGUCGAGUUUCCUACCGAGUUGAGAAUUGAGGCCUUUUCGCCAGAAUAUUUAUCGCCUGACAGGGCGAAUCUGAGGCCAGAAAUAGUAGAGCUCCAAGAGACCGUUAAAUUUAGCGAAGUGUUUGAUAUGUUUGUGACCGUGCCACUGCCUGUUGUAGGACUUGUGGAAGUGAACAUUGCUAGCGCACCAUUUGCCACACAUUCGUUCUCGCAAGGGCAGAGGCUGGUUAAGUUGGCUGUGAGUAGCGCGAUACCGGAUGGCGAAGGCUUGUAUAGGAUCAGUUGUACGGCGCCACCAGACGGGAAGGUGGCGCCGCCGGGUUACUACAUGGUGUUUGCUGUUAACCAGGGUGUUCCCAGUGUGGCAAGGUGGGUUCAAGUAGUGUCAUGAAACUUUUUAUUUUUUAAAGAUUAUUGAAGAAAUUGACAGGAGUCACAAUGUCACAUGCAGACAUGCUUGACUUCUGUUAGACAAAAAUGUCUGUGCUGGGGGAUAGGGAUGUGAUAAUUUAUUAUUUGGAAAUUGUUCAUAUGUUUUAACGUUUCAGUGUAUGCUCCUUAAUUUGCAUAAUAAUUUUAAGUUUCGGGUCGA